CUGGGCUUGACGUUUGCCACGAGCUUUGCUUUACACUGGAUGCUUGGGUAGUUCAGAAUAGUUCCACAGUGCCUGGCAGGGAAGGCAACUCGUUGGGGUGUUCGCGAAUUUUAUGUCGCGAUCAGAGGCACCGUCAAAAGGAUAAACUAUGGCGAAAUGAGGACAGGAAACUUUCAUCAAACUGACUCUCUUGAGGUGAAUCCUUUUGAUGGUUAUAUUCUAAUCUGAGUGUGCCAUUCAGUCACCUCUUGUUGGUCUAUAUUGAAUUAACUUCAAAAAUGGAUGGAUCCUUUAUGCACAAAUUUAUCACAGCGCCUGUAAAACGCAUGAUCCAGGGACAACGAAUGAAACAUUUUCUCGUCUACCUUUGAAUGAUUUCAAGAGACACGUCUGUGCAUGCUUUUGGGAAAUUUAAUACACAUAAAUGUGGACCGGAUACACUGAAUGGCUUAGUAGAAGAGUAACAAUUUGUACUGUGACUUCGUAUUCAUGGAUGUAUCUGGAAUGAUUUGAAAGUGGAAUAGUAUUCAUCUCCAAAUGCUAUUAGCAAAAGCACUAUAAAAUGGAUGAAUCGAAGGGCGUGUUCGCACGAAGCUUACACGCCUACAUUUGUGGAGCACAUGGCAAACGUAAUUACCCAUGGAAUCUGGAUCAUACCUUCAUUGGUGGCAGCAUUGGAGUUGUUACAGCGUUCUAUGUCGUGGACACAAUUUGUUUCUGCUACUAUCUAUGGAACAUCCUUGCUGCUUGUCUUCACCGUGUCAACUUUCUUUCAUUGUGUACACUACCAUAAGCAUAAUGGGCAAUUAAAAGAUGCUCUCCAUCGAUUCGACCGUGCAAUGAUCUACAUCUUUAUAGCCGCCACUUACUUUCCAUGGUUAAACAAUGAGCGCUUCCAAUCUCAUGUAUCUUUAUCUACGAUGCGAAUUUUGAUAUGGAUAAUGGCAUCACUUGGUAUUCUCUAUCAACAAAUAUUCCAUGAGCGAUACAAAAAGCUAGAAACUAUUUUUUAUCUAGUCAUGGGUGUUGGACCCAGCAUAGCAAUUGUCGAUAUUACGGAGUAUAAUGACAUCGUUGAGCUUAAACUAGGAGGAUUAAUGUACAUUCUAGGAAUAAUAUUUUUUAAAGCUGACGGACGAAUUCCUUGUGCUCAUGCCAUAUGGCACAUUUUCGUGGUUUCAGGCGCUGCCUUUCAUUAUUUUGCCAUAUUGCAUCAUCUCUAUCCCAUCGCUGAGGAUGAAAAAGGCUCCACUUCUAUCACAAACUCUCUCUUGUCCAAUUUUAUGGAAUCUCAUCUAGAGCUUUAAAAAUCGUAGAUGUUUUAGGUCUCCAAUUGAAAAUCAAUUUUCGAUCAAUGCCGAUUGAUAUUUUAUAUUGUAUAUAUAUUUUAUAAGUAUGACGAAAUAAUCAGAGAACAAUCGCAGGAAAAUGGUAAAAACUGCAAAGCGUCACUGCUAAAUUAAGUGCCAUCGUAAGAAAAGCAUGGCGUGAAUCGAAAAUGAUACGCAAGUCGACAGUCUCAUAAAGACAAUCGAGAAUUUAUACCUAUUCCUCAUUGUCAGGAGAGAUUAGACAUUCAUUUACCUGACAAAGCGGGGUAAAUAGAAAUAGAUAUUUACGUAAGCCAAUAAGUACAUUAUUAUUAUAUAAAAUGAGACGAAAAUUAGUCUCCAUAUUAAGCGAGAAUUUUAAUAGAUGGUCCUUCAACUCAGAGCGAAAAAUCUUGUUAAAUGUAUAUUGUAAUAUUAAAAAAAAGCCAAACAAUGGUUGUAUUUUGCGAAUCCAGACUUUCUUCGUUUUUUUUGGUGUUAGACAAUAAUUUAAAUGUAGAAAAAUCUAUCUUUCGUGAAAUUGCCAGUGAUUUUAGAUCUUCCAGAGAAUAAAGUAAUUCUAUUGUUAAGUUUUUAUUGAUCUCAAAUUUUCUAAUUAUUAAUUUGUAUAGAAAGUAGAGAAUCCACAUGUAAUAUUAAUAAAUACUAAAGUCAAAAUAAGAAGAAACCCUUUCGUACAAUACUGAAUAUAUUCUAAGUUUUUAAACGCUUGCGAGUGCCAAAAAUCAGUACUAGAUGUACUUUCCUAGCAAUGUUUUAUAUACUUGAUACAGGGGAAUAAAUAUGAAACGAAAAAGACUCAAGCUAUUCGAGUUCCUUCAAUAUAAAAAUAGAAAAGAACUAAAACAAAUAGCCGAAGAAAAUAGUAAUCAAAGUAAAAGACUUGCAUGUAAAACAAUAAUCUUAAAUUACAAAAAUAGGUUUAAUUUGCUUAUAUAUGUGUUUCUCAAACUGCUCAAUAGACUGUAUUAUUUUCGAAUUUAAUAGAUGUAGUACAAAUUAUUUUAGUAUAUUACGCCAUCUACCAAAUUGUGUACAAUUAAUCUUUAAUUUUGUACGCAAUCAAUAUUUUUCUCUGUUCAUUAAAGAUGAUAAAACAAUUUCUAAAUAUU